AUGGGGUUCUUUUCUUUUCUUGGGAGAGUGCUCUUCGCCUCCAUCUUCAUCCUCGCGGCAUGGCAAAUGUUCAAUGAAUUUGGGGAGGAUGGGGGGCCUGCAGCAGAACUGUGGGCUAAAAAAUUGACUACUGUGGAGAAGUCGAUCAAUCGCAUAAUUGGAAACGGCAAUGUGCACAUUGAUGCAAGGACUUUUGUUGCAGUGUGUAUUUCUUUACAGGGCUUAGGCGGUCUUCUGUUUGUCCUCGGGAGCCAUUUCGGUGCUUUUCUUCUGAUACUCUACUUGAUACUGACAACCCCUUUACUGUACGACUUCUACAACUUCAAAGUUGGCGAGCCUAAAUUUUUCAGACUCUUGCACGAGUUCCUUCAGUGUGUGGCACUCCUUGGCGGACUCCUAUUUUUCAUUGGGAUGAAGAACUCUAUCUCGAGGAAGCAACUAAAGAGAAAGAACCCUAAACCGAAGACUGCUUAA